AUGUCAAGAGAUCAGAUGCCAUACAGAGAGUACUACGAUAUGCCACGUUCAGUUCCAUAUGGAGUUCCUGAAGGGUAUAGAGAAGACUACUAUCAUAUGAAGAUGCGUAGGGAUUUUGAAGGUGGGUAUCCACCAGGGUAUUAUUAUAAUAUGGAUGGUAGACACUAUCAGGAAGAGCAUUACCCAUAUCAAGGUCAGAGAUUUGAGCACCACGGUGGGGCCAUGGAAGGUCCAAAAGAGUCCAAGUUUUCAAAUGGAAGUGAUAAAUGGGACAGAUCAAAUGGAGAAAGAAGAAAUAUAGGGAGUGAUUUAAUUCAAAACUUACAUAUAGAAAGGCACAAGAGGGAUUCCGGUAGUGUUUCAAGGGAAAAUGAUGGAAGAAAGCAGAUUAGACUAGAGGAAGGAUCAGGAAAUGCUCCUCAACAGGGCAUUUCAAGUUCUCAAGUAGGUAAAUUAAGUGUUCAAGAGGUUGAAUCAGGGGUUAGAAUAAACAAAGAGUUUAAGGAUGGAGGAGGCUUGUCUGUUUUCCAUACUACAGGGAAGGACUCAAUUUGGACUAAAAUUGAUAUCUUGAACAAAAAAAAGCUAUGUUAUGAUUGCCAAAAAGAGAAGUGGAGGGACAAAAUCACUCCCUUGUGUAAAGAAUGUUAUAGGAAACUCUCAGAUUCCUCAGGAAGCAAAAACUCAAAGAAAGAGUGUACUUAUUGUAAAAUUGAGUUCCUCCAGCAUAGGAUUUUGAAGAAAGCAUUUAAAGUAUUUAACAAAGAGAUUUGUAUGGAUUGCUGUAAGAAUCUUUGUAAAUACAACACAAUUCCAGUACGUUGUCAUUUCUGUGAUUGCUGGUCUGCUUGGACUUCCCAUUUACUAUGUGAUAGAUGUUCUUCCUCCAGAGAACAGUUUGGUGAGCCUCUUCCGUGUGAUAUGUGUAGGAAGACUUGUGCCUUCGAUAGAGGAGAGGAAGCUAGAAAAAAGUUGGAUGGAAGGCUAUUUUGUUUUCUAUGCACAUUUAAAUAUAAGAAACUUAAACACGAGGAAGUGAAGAAGAUCAAUUCUGAAUACAAGAGAGCCGAAAAGGCUCUUACUAAGGUUGAUUUACCGGAAAUAUCAUCCACAAAUGGGCAGAAUGAUGACAAGAAAUCUGCUCAGAAUUUGGUCUCCACAUCAGACUCUAACUGCAAAGAGGCUGUGGACUGGAAGAUUGUUGCUCAGGAAAAAACACUCUUAUAUGAGAAAGCAAAACAACAUCUUGCUGAGCUACAAGCAAAAGAACUCAGCAACAAAAUUGAGACUGGGUCAUUAAUUACUCAACUCAAAGAAGCUAAUUCAAACCUUGAAAAACAAAACAAGCUUUUUGAAGAUAAGAUACUUCAGCUUAAUGCUGAGCUUAAUGAUUGGCAACUCAAGCUCAACAAUAUUUGCGAUGAAAAAAACAAACAAAUUAAGCUGCUUAAAGAUGAAAAGAGACAAGCAAUACAGGAAAUGGAAGGAUUACUUGAAAAGCUCAAGUCUGAAAACAGAGAGCUAAAAGAAAAGGCCAACUCUUUCACUAAUUUGUAG